AUGGAUCUCAAUCACCCAAUGCUCCUAGCCAGCGACGACCCGCCCCCGUUUCCCCCAAAUCAAACCCAGCUUAGACGCCUAGAUCGCGCUCUCUACUGCCAAAUCUGCAAAGAGCCAUUUCAAGGUCCCGUCUCCAUCGCUUGUGGCCACUCUUUCUGCUCCCAAUGCAUUCGCUCAUCACUCGAAAGCCUCAAGAAAUGUCCGGUAUGCAACGAGACCGCCGGAGAAGGAAGCAUCAGGCGGAAUCGGGCGCUCGAGGAGAUUGUCGAUUCAUGGGAGGAUGCUAGAGCUGUCAUGAUCAACCUGUCUCAGCCACAAGCAUCUUCAUCCCGCAAGAGACCUCCUCCCCAACCCACAACGAGUAGCGCAUCCAACGACAAGGUCAAGCGGUUACGAAGGGAUGAGGCGGGGUCAAGCAGAAGUCAGAGCCCAGCAAAAAGGUCAUCAGGCGCGGAUGAGGAUGAAGCGAUUGACAUCUCGAGCUCUGGAGGGGUAGAAGACGAAGAUGAGCCGGUCCUGACGGAAAAUGAUGAGGGAGAAUGCCCAAUAUGUUCCGCUCGCCUUGCGAUCGCAGCUAUACCGCUUCAUAUCGAGCGCGGGUGUCCACCACCGAAGAAGCAAGUGAACGGAUCUGGUAGCGGCAACCAGAAGGCGGACUGGAAGAAGGUAUUCGGCGGCGUGUCCACAGCGAAGAACAAGGAUAAGGAGCCAAUGAAACGUAUCACAAAACCAAAUUACCACCUCGCUACACCUGCCGAGCUCAAAGCCAUCCUCUCCGCACACUCGCUCCCCAUCACCGGCGACAAGCCAGCCCUCGAAGCGCGCGUCCAAGAGUGGAUCCUCUUAUACAACUCCAAUCUCGAUACCUCCCAUCCCAAAUCUCUCCCGGCGUUACGAGCCAGAUUGAACGAGAUCGAGGCGAGUCGGAAGCGGGACAAGGAGAAGGGUAAGGACGCCUUAGGGGAGCAAUUGACGACCAAAGAGGGAGUCGCAAAGUACGUCAAGGAGCGAGGUGGCGAGUUUGAGCGGCUGAGGAAAGAGGUGCUAGCGAGGGACAGUCAGGCUUUGGCGCGGGCCAAGGGUCAGGCAGGGAAGCCAAUCGAGAUCGAGUAG